CCGCCAUCGCUCACGACCGCCCGCUCACUCCGCGCGACUUGCGCAGCGACAGACGACUUCACCGAUGAACACGCCGCUGUUUACCUGCCUGGAGUGCACGCGCUUGGGGUAGGAGCUGUGGGCCAGAUUGCAGCACCACUGGCGCGUUAUUUCACCACCACACCCGCGAACCGCACCCUUCGGCCGCCCUUUUCUGACCCUCCACAUUCUUCCCAAUGGCGCCAAUGCCUGGCACCCCUAGACCACGCGUACGAAGUUCCGGUCGACCACCAAAGCGAGCCGUGCCAGACUCAGCACCACCCGGUGUCUUCAAGAAGCGCAGAUAUAUCCCCGGCGGGCCAGGUGGCGGAGGAAGAUACGUCGAUGAGGACGGCUUAGAGACACCGGUUGGAGGCACAGGACCGGGCGGCUACGCGUACACUGGACCACGCGGCCGCAUCGGCCGGAUGAACGCUGAGAGACAAGGAAUUCCUGUCCCCGCGACCUCACCCUCAUAUUCACGACCCCGACGCGAACGGCCGUCUGCUGGACCGCGAUCCAGCUCGGCCGCUGCAGUUGCUGCCGCCGUGGCGCAAAGCGAUGGCUAUAAACCCCGCGAGGAGCGGGGGUGGGAGGAAUUCCACACGGACUUGGACAUCGAAGCGGAACUCCCCGUCUUCAGUGCAGACCUGGUAGACGGCAUAAGUCCCCCAGAGUCCGCUCCUGGCACACCAAUGAAUGGCACCUCGGGGCAAUUCGCAAUCGAGAGUGGCGUGUCUGCCCAGCUAGAGAGCAUCCGCGCACAACAAGCAGCGCAAGACGGGGUUGAAAGCAAUGGCGCCAUCAUACCUGCCUUACACGCGACACCCGUAAAGCGACGUCCCGGACGGCCUCCGCGGAAAGUGGACUCGAUGCUGAAUGGCCUCGGAUCGCCGCCCCGACCCCGCAUCAACCCGAUUCCGACCAUGAACCCAAAGGAGAAGCUCAACCUGCCGAAACCGUCUGUGCGAGAAAUAGAUCCGUUCAAGGCGUAUGAAGAGAGCGAGGGUGUCAAGGUGAACUACGUUGAUCGGACGAUGGCCAACAUAGGGUACCAAGAAAGCGAGAUAUUUGCCAGGCCGGAGAGAAGCUUGAUUCGGGUUCCCGAGGGUUCUAUCGAAGAGGACCUGGAUUUGACGCUGAAGACCGAGGGCGACGGCUCGAGCGCCGUGGCAGUCGGGCGCGUGGAGUAUGACAUGGACGAGCAGGACGAUCGCUGGCUGGAUACGAUCAAUUCGGCACGGCGAGAAGAAGGCGUAGAGCCUAUCAAACCUGCGAUAUUCGAGGUCACGAUUACUCAGAUUGAGAAGGAAUGGCACGCGCUAGAGAAACGCAUUCCGAAGCCAAACCCAAAGCCUCCGCAGACCCACCGUCCGCGGUCUAGCUCGGCAGCCGCCGUCAAUGGAGAACCCGCGGGGCAAGGAGACGAGCAAGACACAAAAUGCGCGAUAUGCGAUGACGGCGAUUGCGAGAACACGAACGCGAUCGUGUUUUGCGAUGGCUGCGACUUGGCCGUGCAUCAGGAGUGCUACGGUGUGCCGUUUAUCCCAGAAGGGCAGUGGCUCUGCAGGCGCUGCCAGCUAGUGGGGCGUGGCACCCCUGUUAGUGAGCAACCGGGCUGCAUAUUCUGUCCGAAUAUAGACGGCGCUUUCAAACAAACCACUGCCAUGAAAUGGGCACAUCUUCUGUGCGCCAUGUGGAUUCCCGAAGUCUCCCUCGGCAACACCACCUUCCAGGAGCCAGUACAAGAUGUCGAGAAGGUUCCGAAGACGCGAUGGAAGUUGACCUGCUACAUCUGCAAGCAGAAGAUGGGUGCUUGCAUCCAGUGUGGCCACAAGUCAUGCUUUGAGGCCUUCCAUGUCACCUGCGCUCGCCGGGCUAGGCUGUGCUUGAAGAUGAAGUCCUCGCAGUCGCAGAAUCCACUUGAUGCGAGCGUGCUCAAGGCAUACUGCGAUAAGCAUUCACCACUCGACUGGCGGCGAGAGAACGACGUUGAGGGAGCGCUCGCGGAAGCGAAGGCCUUCUACCGACACACCUUGCGGCACGUCCGCUGGGGCGACAGUCAGGCAUACGCUCUCUCGAUAGGUUCCACACACCCCGUACCUUCAGUUGAAGGCGCGGAUGACGAUGAAGUCACCGGCAACAAGCGCAAGCGUGGACAACCUGCGAAAUCAUGGCGACUUCCUUCGGGCGCCCCAGUCGUGCCGCAAGCCGUCUAUCACAACGUGGAGAACGCUCUUAUCAAGUUCAAUGUCCGUAAGCGUAAGGAGUUUGUUCAAGAGGCUUGCAAAUACUGGACGUUGAAGCGAGAGGCACGUCGCGGAGCUGCUUUGCUAAAGCGCCUCCAGCUCCAGAUGGAGGCGUUUUCGUCCAUGGAGAUCACUCGCCGCAACUUUGCGGGCAUGGGUGCAGCUGGCCGACCCAGGCUUCAGCGCCGUAUCGAAUUUGCAGAGCGUCUCGAGGAUGACAUGGAGCAGAUCCGAGUUCUUUGCGAGAUGAUCAAGCAACGCGAAGCCGAGAAACUGAAAGACGCCAUGGUUCUGAAGUCGAUCCUAGACUGCAUUUACUUCCCAAUUCCCCCACUUUUGGAGCCGAUCCUCGAUCGAGCUAUGAGUUACGAUAGCAAGAAUGUUUUCAACGACGGCCUCAUCGAUAUCCAGACGAAGCUCGACGAAAAGUAUUACACUUCUGUCCAGACCUUCAGCGAAGAUAUGGCCGCUGUAUUCAGCUGCGUCAUUGGCUUUACCACCAUCACCAACGUCGAGGAUGCGGAGCACCAGCUCAGCGGUGUCGCUCAUAAUUCGUUGACCGCCGAGCAGAAAGAAAAGAAGAAGCUGGCUAAGCGCAUUAUCAAGGGAAUACAGCCGCUGUUCGAAGAUGCAAUGCGCAAAGAAGCUGAUUUGGCUGGUAGGCCGGUCGAGAGGGAGUUACCCAACCUCGAGGCGCUUCUUGAGCAGAAGUUGCGCGGGAGGCCGAGCAUUUCCUCCGGCGCAGCUGUACCACAGGACGCGGAAACUCAAGGAGCGCGGACCACUGAAGACCAACCACACCCAGAUUAUGCUGUCGCUGAAGGUAUGGAUGAGAACGCCAAAGAUAAGGACACGAUUCAGCUCGCACCUACACCCGAUGACAGUUCGCCUGACCACCACAAUGCUCCCCGAGAUGAUGCGGCGGACGAGGCAGCCAUCGCGGCUCAGCUCGGGCAAGACACGAUGCAGGCUAAUGGCGGGUCUCAUGGUGCGAUGGACGUCGACCACGAUGAAGAAAACGGACAAACCGGGCAGCUCACUCCUCCCAGAUCGGUGAAGGAUCUGCUUGAUCCCAUUCAGAAUGGCGGGAUACCUUGGUGGGUGGAGACGUUCGAUCCGCAUGGCACGACAGUCUACGAGGAGCGAUGGACCGGCAGAGAGGUUCUUCGAGAUAUGAGUGAAGAGUUGAGCGAGCUCGACGACGAUGAACUGAACGGCCUCGCAGAUGCGGAAGCGCUCGUCCCGGCGGAUGGCAUAGCACCGGAAACACUUGUUUCGGAAUCUCUUCAGAAGGCGGCUGCGCGGAAACAGAAGAAGAGGUGGAGGGGUUUUAGGUAGUGUUUGGACUUUCUGAGCUUUUUCUAGGCACGGCUUUCCGCCGUGUGUGUUUUGUACGACCUUUCUGCACCUGUAACAUAUUCUAGCGGGCAUCGGGCGAUAUGGAGUGGUCCAUGGCGCCUGUUUUGUUUCCGUCUUUAGUGGAUAAGGGCUUUACAUUGGCGGUUUGACGGUUUCUGGGCGGUUUUGCAGAGCAAUUAUGCUUGGGCUCGGGUCUAUUUAAGUGAAGGUGUAGCCAUUUAUCCAUAUGCGUAGUGAAGGUGAAGAAUGCGCAUUCGCCCAAC